CAGGCUCUCUCGCCCACUUGCUCACUCACUGGCUCUCUUUCUCUCUCUCCUUUCCUAUGCUGCUGUACUGUGAGGCAGUAGAGACAGCGAUUCACGCAACUCAAUUAAUUAGACUGUUGUUAGAUGUUUGAAGCAGGCAGUUGGGUGAAGGUCCACCGUUCGGCUCAGCAAGAGAGGGGAGGGGCGAACAAGAAUUGCUUUCGUUUUUAGCUAGUUUACAGCCAUAGAGACUCAGCCUAGCUGCCAGCUUGUAAGACAGAGUAGAGUGUGGUUUCUUUGGACUGAGUGGACAGGAAGCAUUAGAGAGGAAAGGAGACACGAGACCAGGGGUGAGAGACCCUGAGCACCUAGGGCAGGAGACCCUGAGCACCUAGGGCAGGAGACCCUGAGCGCCUGGAGCGGGAGACCCUGAACAUCUGGAGUGGGAGACCCUGAACACCUAGGGCAGGAAACCCUGAGCACCUGGAGCGGGAGACCCUGAGCAUCUGGAGCAGGACACCCUGAGCACCUGGAGCGGGAAACCCUGUGCAUGAAUUAAUAGCUGUUUCCCUUCAGCUCAGACAGACAUGGCUUCGGCAUAGGAGUUCUGCAGAACCACUGCUGAGCGGGGAGCUGAGGCGCGUACGGAUCAGGACCUCUGUUGAUGGAGAUCUGAGGGGCUGAACUGGAGCUGCAGUCAAGUCAAACACCCCCUGCCCCCACACCCUGGUCGUCGGCGGCUGGAUUCCCUGAAGAGCUUGACUAAUUACCCAGCAAUCACCUCUCCCUUCGCUGUCCCACUUCCUUGCCCCCCUCCCCACAGCACGAUGGUGUCAGGCGUGGGGGUGGACCGCGCCGGUGUGCGCUUGCUUGGCAGGGGGGGGGGAGGCUGGCUGGGGGAGAGGGUUAGCAUGAUCUGGCCCAGUUAGCAGCGUGAGAGCUAACGCACUAGCAGGGACGUACAGGACAAGAGGGCAGAGUGGAUGGGGAGUCAGGGAAAUAGGUGGACACAAACCCCGAGGAAGCGGUAAAGAAGACCCCCUUGUGCCAGCUAAGAAUAAAGCGGCCCAUAUGGCUGCUGCUUUCUCAUUUCAUGCUCAGUGCAGAGAUCGAGGGGGAUCUUGAGCCAGUUGUCCUCUUGCUGUAUGACAUCACUCUGUUUCCUGUGGCGUUAUUGCUGUGUACAUUUCAGUGGUUUCAACUAUGGUUCCCCCCUCUCUCUUUCUCUCUCCCCACUCACUACCUUUAUUUCCUCUGCUCUCUCUGUCAUUUUCUCCACAUUCCUUGGGCAAUGAGCGUCUUUCCUACGAGAGGAGACGUUCGUGGGCGAGACAGUGUUUGGCCAAUGCCUUGCCAGUGUCAGCUGGACAGUUUCCCGACGGCUCUGCCGCGCUCCUAUCUUCCCCAAUUGCUGCUGUUUUUCUUUAAUGAUAAUCAAUAAUCGCACUGAAGCACGUGACCCACAAUGCUUUGCAUGGGGCAGCUAUGGAUGCCAUGUGAAGGAUGGAGAGCAACCCCAGACAUCCUCAUCUUAAUUUAUAUAUCUAUAGUCAUUUUGAUUGAACACUUUGGUGAUAAGAUAAGGCGUGAAACCUAUCAGACAUUAUGGGGGGCAGCCACUACUGAAAAAAACGAAAGCUCUGGAGUGAAAGAGGGUUUUUCAGACAUCUUGGAAAUGCUACAUCCGCGACCUCGUCCCACACGCGUGCCGCCCCCCCCCCUCGCGGGGUCCGCUCGGGCUUCCGCUGGCGCCUUCUCCUCCGCAAUGACAGUUACAGCAUGUUCCUGCCAAGCGGCUCGCCAGCUGGGCUUAUAAACGCAGCCCAGUGCGCGCUUCAAUCGCACAUGCAGGGCUCAGCCUCAUGUCCUAUUCAUCCUCCUUGCGCGCUCUCCCUCUUUCCCGGACAGAGACGGGCCGGGCGGCGGCAUGCAGCGUCCAAACCGCGGCCCGCCCCGUCUCGGCGAGACGCAGCUUGGUGAAGGAGGAGAGGAUGGCGGAGCCGAAGCCGGGUGUGAAGAUCAGCGCCUCCAUCCUGCCCUGUUUCAUGUUCGUGGAGCUGGUGAUCAUGGCCGGCACCGUGCUUCUGGCGUACUACUUCGAGUACACGGACACCUUCCCUGUGUACGUCCAGGGCUUCUUCUGCUACGACCGGACGCUCUCCAAGCCGUACCCGGGGCAGGAUGAAGGCAGCAAGGUGCCCCCCGUGCUGAUCUACUCCAUGGUCAGCGCCAUCCCCACGUUCACGAUCUUGGCCGGAGAGCUGACAUCCUUCUUCCUGAAGCCUGAGGGGACUCAAGAGAAGACCAUCGUCACGGCAGACUGCUGCUACUUCAACCCGCUGCUGCGCAGAAUCGUCCGCUUCCUCGGGGUCUAUUCCUUCGGCCUCUUCACCACCACGAUCUUCGCCAAUGCAGGCCAGGUGGUAACAGGAAACCAGACUCCCCACUUCCUGUCCGCCUGCCGGCCCAACUACACUGCGCUGGGGUGCCAUUCAGUAACGCAGUACAUCACGGAGCGCCGCGCCUGCACAGGCAACGCACUCAUCGUCACCUCCGCUCGCAAGUCCUUCCCCUCCAAGGACGCUGCGCUCAGCUUUUACGCUGCUGUCUACAUAGUGAUGUAUGUUACAGUGGUGUUCCGGACCAAGGGCACCAGACUGGCCAAGCCCACUGUGUGCCUCACGCUGCUGUCUCUGGCCGUGCUGGUGGGCGUGGUGCGCGUGACCGAGUACCGAAACCACUGGGGAGAUGUGCUAGCUGGUUACUUCACUGGCGGGGCCAUCGCCGUCUUCCUGGUUACCUGCGUCGUCAACAAUUUCCAGCAGACCAGGCCGGCCGCGUUCCCCUCGCCGCCGCGGCCUGACUCUGCACCAGGCAUGCCCGUAGUGGUGCUGCCCUGCGUGGAGAAUCCACUCGAAAAGCUAAGUGGCUCUCAGAUUUCCGAACAUCAGAGCUGGUCUGGCCAUCCGGCAAACCGGGCAUGUUCCCGGGGGGCCGAUGGGCUUGUGAGCCGGCAAAAUUUGUCGUGGGGAACCCCACCCCGAUCGUCAAAUUUUAUCCUAGGCUCCGGGAUCCCCGUUCAGCGAGAUCACAUGACCAUCAGCCAUACCGGUUCCCCAUGCCCCCAGACGUUCUCAUACCCUCUCCCUCCAUCUCCAGCGAAGUCUAGACCUCCCUCCCGGCCAUUCUCACCGAUGCCCCGCCCACUCCGGACGCCAACCCCUCCAACGCUCCUAUUCGACACAAGUGUAAACCGCUCACCCCACCAGCAAGCACCCCUAAGACCCCCAAACCGCCCUCCUCACUGGAUGCUGAGCUGAGCGUCACUUUCUUCCUUGGUUUGCUCAGCUAUCAUUUCUGCUGACAGAAACGUUGUGUUUUUCUCCCGCUUUCUUUUAUAUUGUGUAAGAACAAGAACAAAGACUCGAUAGAGAAAAUAUUCCCUCACUGCUCUUUUGUACUGUAAAGGUUCCCUCUGUGUUCUCUCCACACUUAUUACAGUUUUUUACUGUUAUUUUCGACCAGAAAUCCAUUCUUGGGCUGAAGCUAUGAAAUUAACAAUUUUCUAGCUGCAUGUGGGCAGUAGGGGCAUGCAGCAGGUGACCAUCUCCUGUGCUGAGCUGUAUCACAGAACUGCGAAACCACUGUCUUGACCCAGUGAACAUUGACAACGGAAUUAAAUUUGGCAUAAGUCUGGCAACCAGCUGGAGAAACCUCCCCCCACCCUAGACAGACAGAAAACUUUCCGCAGGACACGUUCUCACACUCGAGGGCUUUUUAAUUAGUUUGUGUUCCCAGUGGGAUGUCAAUUAUUGGAACUGAUGUUCAGCUUCUGUAUGCGGGCAGCCUUCGGACGCCAGGCGGCAACAUACUGGCGCACGGCAGCUGCCGACUGAUCUUCUCGCUGUUACGCUGUGGGUCUCUCUGCUCCUGCUGCAAGCUUUCCUCUCGCGGAUCAAUGAAGAAGCAGAAUCGAACACCGAACAACAGAAACUGGUCAGAGGCGGAUAACUCAGGUCCGGAGAGUAAAAGUCCAGACCAACAUUUCGUUUCAACCGACUAGCUGAGUACAAAGAGUCACAAUCACAGAGUACUGAGCUGGUUGGUUGAAACAAAAUCGUGCUCUGGAUUUUCACUCUCUGGAACCGAACUGCCCACUUCUGAAACUCCUAGGUAUUUAAUAGAAUACCACACAGCACAGGAGAGGUUUAUUUGCUGUUGCAUUCUGCCCAUAUGUGAUAUUUGUAACAUGAUUAUAUUUUAUUUUUGAAGGUAUUUAUUGGUAUGCUAUGUAUGAAUACCUUACAUAUGGAUGAACAUUAGUCAUAUGUGAAGGCCUGUCUCUUCAUCCUCUACACUCUCCCUUGUGGUUCCAUUCAUCUCUUGCUAACUCUCUCAUUGGACCUUCCUUUAUCUCACCUCACUUUGGACAACCUUGUUUUUAUUCCCAUCCAUCUUUUGUACAUAAGGGUUUUUUUUUUCCUUGUUGUGGUAUUAAGGUGCGACUCGAGUGAGACAUUCCAGAUCACCGCGCAACUGUUUCCGAUCACCAGGAGCACCAGCCGUUUCACUUAAGUGUCGUGUUUGGUGAUGCGAACUCGUGUACAUGCCGUAAUCCCCUCAGAGUGUCACGCUCACCAUGGCUAAGGGCCGAUUUUACCCCAAGAAAGAAACACUGACUUGGUCACUGGCAGACCGGCUGUGUACUGACAUUACAGUCACAUGACUAAAGCAGAUUAUUUCUUUACUGGUCUCUUCAGCUGGUCACGUCGAUGUGGGUUUGACCAAAUUUUUUUACUCAAUGGACCUAAAUUACAUUGAAAUGUUUACAUUUUUUCAUACAGCACUAUCUCUUGAGCUCUGAAUGUGGAUUACUUUUGAAAUAGGUUUCUUAAAUUUUCCAUCAACAAGUUUGAUAACAGUUACAUGGAUAGCAGCUGCAAGGAUAUCUUCUUCAACAAGCGUUUUUAGGCUCCGUUCAAGAGGGGUUCAAUGCAUCUUCUCUAAUUGGGUUGUAAGAAGUGCAGUGGAUAUGUUUGACCAGCAGAGGGCAAUAUUGGUGAGGCAGUGUAGGACAGCCUGACCACAACACAACUUCUGAUUUACUUUAACGGACAUACUCGGGAAUUCAGCGGGUAUACUGAAUUUAAUUUGGUAGUGCCAAAUCAGUAGCUCAUGAUGGUGCUGUUUUUGGCUGUUUUUAUUCAGCCAGUCCUUUUUAAAAAUGAGAAUAAAUAUGACACUAAAGCGGAAAAACUGACUGAUGCGCCGUGUCAUUUGAAGUGAUCUGACGGUGGCACUAUUUUCCUUCCUACAUACCUUCUUUUUGUAACAAUUUGUCUGACAAGAAAAUAAA